AUGGCUUCUCAAGAGAAGAGCGCCGCAGCUUCAGACGCCGACAUUCAUCAUGUUGAGCAUUCGCAACCAACCCGUGCAGGUACAGUUGAAGACAAGCUUGACCCUCACAUUCGGGAUGACCACGGCGACCCCCAUCGGGCGGCCCUGGAAGACAUUGAUGUGGACUCAAAGGUGACGAGAUCCACUUACGCCGCAGUCUUUUUCCUGGGGUUUACGUUCCAACCUUCACUGAGCUUCGCAAUGUACUGCGCUUUCCCGCUCAUUGUGCCUAUGGCGCUUGCACUGCAAGGCAAUACGGAAAAUUCCAACUGGAUGGCCUCGGGCUGGUCAUUGGUGGGAAGUGUGGCGUUUGCGAUAGCUGGACAAUUGAUUGCCGCCACAGCUCAGAAUUUGGGUCAAGGAAUUGCUGGAAUGGUAAUCAUCGGAUUUGGUACCGGAGCAACAUUUGUCCACUACCCUGGAAUUUCUGAGCUUGUUCCAAAUCGGUAUCGGUCGAUCGGUUUGGCCUGGACAGAAUUGAACCUACUACCCUCUGCAACAUUUGGUCCUCUGAUCGCUCGCACCCUGGCAACCAAUGCCUCGUGGCGCUGGGUCUUCAUUCUCGGGAUCACCACAGGGAUGAUUGCACUUGUUGGAACGGGAAUUUUCUACCAUCCCCCUUCCCACCCGUUGAUUGAAAUCUCAAGAAGACAGCUUCUUUCCGAGCUGGAUUGUCUUGGCAUUUUCUUAUAUUCUGCCGGCAUCACUGUGUUUCUGAUUGGGCUCGGCUGGGGAGGUGUCAGUUAUCCAUGGGCCAGUGCCCCCGUGCUCAGCGGACGACCAAAAAGACCACAAUUCCCUGCGCGUCUUCUCCGGAAAUAUCGAGAGUUCACGUUUUUGCUCGCCUUCAUUUUUGUGGUGGGCAUGGUGUAUUUCAGUCUGACAGCGUUGAUCUCACAGCAAAUCGCCUACAUGUACUCUGCUGACCCUGUCGAAGCCGGAUUCGUGUUCAAUGGCAACUCUUUACUGGGUCUUGCUGCAGUCAAUCUUUGUCGCGCUGUUUGGGAUAUUGACACCGGAUCGAUCACCUUGGCUUAUUACAUCAUUGCUAGACUCAACGCACCACAGCGCGACCUUGGUCUUGCACUCGGCCUGGUGGGCACGUUCAGAUUUCUAGGUGCUGCUAUUGGCACGACGGAUUUUGCUUCAAUCCUGGGCAACCGAGCGUCCGACAGUAUCUUGAGUCGCACCACUGCUGCUGUUGUUCCUAUAGGAUUUCCAAAAGACCAAGUGUCUGCGCUGAUCGCGGCCUUAUCAUCUGACGACCCAUCCACUCUCAGCGCCUACCCAGCAGCAAUCAUCAAAGCAGGGCAGGCUGCCAUUCAAUGGGGCUAUAGUGUUGAGAUUCUUCCGCCAUUAUCUGGCAGGGAUAUCAUUGCCGUCGGCAAGAACUACAUGGAACACGCAAACGAGUUCCAUGCAAGUGGAUACGACUCGUCUGACAACCAAGCUAGACCGUCGCUACCCGUGUUCUUCACUAAACGAUCGUCUUCCAUCAUAGCACAUGACAAGGAAGUCAUGCUGACCCAGAGUUUACAACGUCAAUGGACUAUGAGGGCUCAAAAUCACGUUUGGGGAUAUACCAUUAUCAACGACAUCACGGCCCGUGAGAGGCAGCGAGAUCACAAACAAUUUUACAUUGGUAAAUCUGCCGACACAUACUGCCCCAUGGGUCCAGUCGCAGUACCCGCAUCAGCCGUGGGAGAUGUUUUGACCGUGACAACUCAUGUCAAUGGUGAGAAGAGACAACAAGCCUCGACAGAACGAUUGAUCUUUUCAGUCCCGCAACUCAUCAAGACCUUGUCCGAGUCUCAGACUCUGCGUGCUGGAGACGUGAUAGCCAUCGGAACUCCCGCCGGGGUCGGCAUUGGCAGGAAACCGCCCGUCUUCCUGAAACCGUCAGAUGUCGUCGAGAUUUCGGUGGCGGGAAUAGGCACAUUGCGUAACAAAAUUACUGAUUCGAGAGAUCCAAAGGAAGUUACCGUGAGCAUCGCCGAAGAGGAAGCACGCAGUAUUCCCGUUCAAAACGUCUCAAUCACAAUGGGUGGUUUGGGGCUAACUACCAUUUCUUCCGGAAAGAAAGUAAAUGUUGAGAAGAUUGGAACAGGAAAUCGCAUGAUGGUCUUUGUCCACGGUCUUGGAGGAAACAUCAACUUCUACACGCCUCUGGUGGACCGUCUCAACCAGGACAAGGACUACACCUGUCUUCUCUACGACUUUGAAGGCCACGGGCUUUCCCCAACGUCAGCGACCAGCGAGAUCACGAUUUCGAGCCUCGCCGAAGACUUUGUAUGCUCUGAUCAAGACGCCAUCGACGUCACCAUCGUUGCUCAUUCCAUGGGGUGUCUGGUGGCACAGCUGUUCGCACAGCAACAUCCAGAACUAGCCCACCGCUUGGUCCUGAUCGGCCCUCCUCCAUCUCCACUUCCUCAGCCCGGCGUGGAAGCAAGUGUCAAACGAGCCGCCACCGUUCGCAAAGAGGGUAUGAGACAUGUUGCCAGGGUUGUGGCGACCGCUGGCACGUCUGACCGAACAAAGACAAAUCGUUCAAGUGCAUAUGCCGCUGUGCAGAUGAGCUUGCUUUCUCAAGAUCCCGAGGCGUAUGCUAAGGCCUGUACGGCGUUAGCUUCGGCCAAAGAUCUCCAAAUUGAUUACCCUCGUAUUCGGUCUGAGGCGUUGAUCGUUGGCGGAGAUGAAGACAAAGUCAGCCCUCCGGCCCAUGUCAACAAACUCGUGAAACUUUUGCAGGGAGCCCGAAUGGUCAUGUUGAAGGAGACUGGUCAUUGGCACACGUUUGAGGAUCCCGAUGGAAUCGUCGAUGCUGUUGGGAAGUUCAUUUAA